AUGAAGCCACGGAUUCUGCUGACCUUUUUACUGACUUUUUUCGGGAGUUGUGUAUGUCAUGGCUUAGAGUUGGCCUUUCUGCUCCAGCCGAUUGAUGUGAUUGCUGUAAGGGAGAGACCUCUCAUGCUGGACUGUCGGGUGGAGGGCGAGGAACCCAUUACAGUGACGUGGCUUAAGAAUGGGAAACCAGUGCCUACAGGAGGUGGCACAAGGGCCACAGUUCUUUCCAAUGGCACCCUGCUGAUUCGGAGCUUUCAGAAGAAACGAGAUGGAGACUCCACUGAUGCUGGAGAAUACCACUGUGCUGCCCAGAACCGCUAUGGCAUGCUAGUCAGCCGUAAGGCCCGUGUUCAGCUGGCAUCUCUUCCUAAGUUUCACACUCAUCCAGAGUCCAUGACAGUGGAUGAGGGAGGAGUGGCACGUUUUCAGUGCCAAGUGAACAGUAUUCCCGAGGCCAGCAUCACCUGGGAGAAGGAUCGUAUGGCCGUCAGCACAUCAAAUGAAAGGUACACACUUCUCCCCAUGGGCAUCCUGCAGAUCACUGGGGUGAAGAAAUCAGACGCUGGCAUUUUCCGCUGUGUUGCCACCAAUAUUGCUAACAUCCGCUACAGCCAUGAAGCCCUGCUCAAUGUCACUGGUGGAGCUCCACGCAUCUACAAGGAACCAGUGAUCCUGUCUGGCCCCCAGAAUCUCACUAUUACCGUCCAUCAGACAGCCAUUUUAGAGUGUAUUGCUACAGGAAACCCCAGACCGAUUGUGUCCUGGAGCAGACUGGAUGGCAGAUCCAUAGGUGUGGAAGGAAUCCAGGUCCUGGGCACUGGGAACCUGAUGAUCUCUGAUGUGUCACUGCAGCACUCUGGAGUGUACGUGUGCGCUGCCAAUCGUCCUGGUACCAGGAUGAGAAGAACAGCGCUUGGCAGGCUAGUAGUUCAAGCUCCUCCUGAAUUUAUCCAGUGGCCACAGUCUGUCUCUAAACCAGUAGGGGGCAGUGCAGUGUUCACAUGUGUAGCUCAAGGAGUUCCUGAGCCUCAUCUUAUCUGGCUAAAGAAUGGCAAGAUCCUCACGCCUGGAGACAAUGUCAAGCUCACCAACAACAACAGUACCCUGGCAGUGACUCGUAUCACGUCUGAAGAUGAGGCCAUCUACCAGUGCAUAGCUGAGAACAGCGCUGGCACCAACCAAGCAAGUGCUCGUCUGGCUGUGUCUCUGGCCACAGAGCUGCCUGAUGCUCCUCAAGGCCUGAAGGCCACACCUUUGUCCAAAAACACCCUGCAGCUUUCCUGGACUCAGCCUCCGAUAGAGGUGACAGACAGCAUCAUAGGAUAUGUCUUACACAUCCGCAAAAUGGGUGAGACAGAAAACAAAGAACUUCAGGAGGCUGUGAGCAAGACAACCUACCAGCAUGAUCUCACCAACCUGGAACCUGCUACCACCUAUUCAAUAUACCUGAAGGCCUACUCACCUGUGGGUGCAAGCCAGGAGACCCGCACUGUGGUUGCUACAACACUAGGGGGCGUUCCUAGUCCACCUGCAUUCUUCACUAAAGUGGUGAACGUCACAUCAGUGCAAGUCCUGUGGGAGUUGCCCAACAAGCCAGGGAAAGUUGAGGGUUUCAGACUGUCCUACCGCCGAGUUCCUCAUGGAGAUUUUCAUGGGCCAGUUCAGAUGUCGUGCCAGACUAAUAUCCACACCAUUGCACAACUUGAUGCUGGCGCUGUGUAUGAAGUUAAACUGGUGGCCUACAAUGGUAAUGGAGAGAGUGACUGCUCCAAGAGACUGGUGUCACUGGCAGAGGAUGGAACAGCUGCUAAAGCCAGUGCUGGAGAGGAGAGCAGGUGCAACUGUAGGGAAACUGAGGGUUCACUAGCGGGGAUGGUGGUUGGAAUCCACAUCGGCAUGGCCUGCAUCAUCUUCUGUGUGCUGUUCCUUAUGUUUGGAUACCGCCACAGUUUCCUCUGCAGGAAGAGGACUCAUGACAGAUGGUCUGUGCCCAGAAGUGAGGAUGGAGGACACCAUGUUCAAAACAAUGGCAUUUCUAAACAUGUGGCACAACAUCCCCAAGCCAUCGAACUUGUCCCUCAGGGUCAAAACCAGGCUUCCCCAACACAGUGCCAAGUUCUCAUAGAGCAGCACUCAUCUGGUUUGCCUGGCACAGAUGCGGGCACUGGCUAGCACAGUCUCUAAACC